ACACAAAGUGAAUGAACGAUAAACGCGUGUGAAAUCCAACUUUUCGUGGUGGGCUGUUUCUGAAAUUUUUUAAAUAUAAUCUCAUAAACAUUUUGUUUCUAUUUCGUUAUCAGUGUAUGUAAAGUAGUGACAAUCACGAUGGCAAUGCAACCACAUAGCAAGAAAAGAGUGUGCUAUUAUUACGACAGCGAUAUCGGAAAUUACUAUUAUGGGCAGGGCCACCCCAUGAAACCACACCGCAUACGUAUGACCCAUAAUUUAUUGCUUAAUUAUGGCCUCUACAGAAAAAUGGAGAUUUAUAGACCCCAUAAGGCAACAGCUGAUGAGAUGACGAAGUUCCACUCUGAUGAUUACAUUAGGUUUCUUCGCUCCAUCAGACCUGACAACAUGUCCGAGUAUAACAAACAGAUGCAGAGGUUCAAUGUUGGUGAGGAUUGUCCAGUAUUUGACGGGCUAUACGAGUUUUGUCAAUUAUCUGCUGGGGGUUCAGUCGCUGCAGCCGUAAAAUUAAAUAAGCAGGCAUCAGAAAUCUGCAUCAACUGGGGCGGUGGUCUCCACCACGCCAAGAAGUCAGAAGCGUCAGGCUUUUGUUACGUGAACGACAUCGUUCUGGGAAUCCUGGAGUUGCUAAAAUACCACCAGAGGGUCCUGUACAUUGAUAUCGACGUGCAUCACGGCGAUGGAGUUGAGGAAGCGUUUUAUACUACAGACAGAGUGAUGACUGUAUCAUUCCACAAAUAUGGAGAAUACUUCCCUGGAACUGGUGACCUGCGAGACAUCGGCGCCGGCAAAGGCAAAUACUACGCUGUGAACAUUCCUCUUCGCGAUGGAAUGGACGAUGAGUCCUAUGAGUCUAUUUUCGUUCCCAUCAUAUCCAAAGUCAUGGAAACCUUCCAGCCUAGUGCCGUGGUCCUGCAGUGCGGUGCUGAUUCUCUUACAGGUGACCGAUUGGGAUGCUUCAACUUGACAGUACGCGGCCACGGCCGAUGCGUGGAAUUGGUGAAACGAUUUGGCCUGCCAUUCCUGCUUGUAGGAGGCGGAGGGUACACCAUCCGCAACGUGUCCCGCUGCUGGACGUACGAGACGUCAGUGGCUUUAGGCGUAGAGAUCGCUAACGAGCUGCCCUACAACGACUACUUUGAGUACUUCGGGCCCGACUUCAAGCUGCACAUCUCGCCCAGCAACAUGUCCAACCAGAACACGCCCGAGUACCUCGACAAGAUCAAGACCAGACUGUUCGAGAACCUCAGGAUGCUGCCGCACGCGCCCGGCGUACAGGUACAAGCUAUCCCUGAAGAUGCAGCCAAUGAUGAAUCUGAAGAUGAGGACAAAGUUGACAAAGAUGAAAGACUACCACAAAGCGAAAAGGACAAGCGUAUCACGGGCGACGGCGAGCUGUCAGACUCGGAGGACGAGGGCGAGGGCCGGCGCGACAGCCGCUCGUACCGCGCGCCGCAGCGCAAGCGCCCGCGCCUCGACAAGGAGCCCGCGCAGCUCAAAGAUGAACUUAAAACUGAAGACUCAAAGGACGACGUGAAGAACGUGAGCAGCGUGGAGGAACCAAAGAAGGAGACCGCGCCCAAUCCCUGAUGCGGGCGCUGAACGCUGCGCGCGCGCCCCCGACGUAAGCACGCGCCGACAAACAAUUAGGCCUGGUUCAGCAAGGCUACUCCGAAACGCUGUUUACGUAGUUUAGGGUCUAUCUGUCACCGUCGCUCAUGCUGGCAUCUCGCUUUGCGUGAGAGGGAUGGCAACAUUUGAAACUUUGGAUAACGUUUUGAGGAGUAACGCGAUAACCGCGCGGUUUUUGGGUGAUUCUCACUGGCGAGGCACCGCCUCUGCGGUUACAGUUGGAUACAGAUGUACGAGAAUUACCCAGCGACCGCGCGAUUAUCAUAACUAGGGCCAUUAACUUCGACUAGUGACGCUAAAGAUAUUUCAUUGAAAUAAACAAAUAUAGUCACGCAUGUAUCAAUCGAGUUGCAUGGCGUCACUAGUCGGACUAACACUUUGACGGUAGCGUAAUCUUAGUCGGGGACCCAACGAUGCGUUUCGAGAAUGACAUCUCGGUGGUAAUUUUGCCAUUUUCCAAUAAUAGUGUGGAGGUGACCAUUUUAAUUUAAACAUCUAUUCUAUUGCUAUUAGAAAUAGCAAAAUUAGGUGCAUUGGAAAUUCUGUUGUACCAACUUGUAAACUAAAAUUACUUAAAAAAAAGCCUCUCUUUCUCCUGAAAUACAGACUUUUUUACUUCAACAUUCGAAUUCGAAGCAAACUGACUGUGGCCAUAUUUAAUAAAAUAAAGUAAAUCACUUAGUACCAAUACUACCAAUUAAGAAGAAGAAUCUCCUUUCAUAAAAAGAGAAAAAGAUAGGUUUUCAGUUUAGUUUCUGGAAUAGCAGAAUUACAGAAUAUACACCGUGUUAUGGUCUUCUCGGUGAUCAGAACUGUGCGUUUUUAGUACCUAUUUAUAUACGUUAAAUUUAAAGAAUGUGGAGCACAACAGUUUAAAAGUUCUUAUUAAUAAGGUCAAUGAUAUUGUGCAGGUCAGAUAUUGAUGUUGUUUAAGUAUUUAAACUUUGAAACAGCUUAGUUUGCCUCUACCUUAUUGAUAAUUAGUUUGUUUAGUGAUCUCCAUAUUUGCUAUACACCAAGACUAUGUUUGGAUUUGUUAGAAUUAAUUAUUUUACCGUAAAUGACGUUAACAGCUAGGUUAAGUUAAAAUUAAGUCAGUUAAAUCAAUGUGAAUGUAACGGAAACGAUAUUUUUAAUUUUCUUUUAUAUGUAUACGUGUAACUUCAAAUACGCAAAACGUGAAAUUAGUUUGUUCAGAAUUAAUUACAAAUCUUUAGUCACAAUUUUGAUUAUUUGGGGUUAUGUGUUGUACGAGGUAAAUUAUUCUGUUAACUAAUCUGUUACAUUUACAUAUUUUUCUAAUGAAUUGAAUACUUAGUAUUAAGUAUACCUAAAGCAUAAAAGCCCAUUCGAAUUUGUAAUUAUUCUAAUAGUUCGAACGGAUUUUUAAGAUGAUUUUUUAUGAAUAACCAAUUUAUGGGAUGAAAUAAAUUUAAAUGUUCCUUCAUUCUUCAAAAAGACAAUUCAGUUUUAUUUUUAUUUCAUCUCAUAUUGAAAGACGUCAGAAUCAAUAUAAAUGAUGAUUGAUGAUGCAAUAAAUAUUGAAAACUAUUUUUAUAUAUUUCUUAGAAUCGCUAUAAGUAAACAAAACUGUAAAUGUUUCGCAUUUAAUUUAGUUUAAACGAACCUCAAAUCAAGAGUGGUUGACUUUUUCGUAGACACAACCAUUGAUACAAUCUCUCUUGACUUUCUAUUCUGCUAGAUUGUUAACAUUAGAUAGGUAGGUUUCAUUAUUUAUAGUAAAAUUAAGGCUAUCAUUUGACUGAUUUUCCUAAAAGAAACCCUUUAAUUUUAUUUCAUGAUAAUGAAGUAGAACUAUAAAAACAGGUGGUUUAUUUGGAUCGAAGUUAGUCCAAAUUCAUUUAUUUUUAAUUAAUUGCACUCGCAAAUAUUUCCCAAGGAAUUCAUGAGUCGCCGGAGAUCUUCCGCGCAUUCUCCACUUGCAUUUCAAAACCUUUUAUUUAAUGUUGUGAAAAAAGUAUUAAGUUUAUUUUUAUAAAGGGAUUUCUAAUCGCACCACCUGCCAUUGCCGUUUCGUGUCAUUAGGAAUGUUUUAUAGUUCCGCCUUUCAGGAACUGCGAGUUAAGGUGAGUAUAGACUAGAGCAUUUCUAUGUAAUGUAACGUUCUCACGAAUGGUACAAUAGAGGUAAAAUGUAUGACGUUUGGUUCGUGACAGGGUGAUACACUAGACAUUUCAUACAUCGGCUCGUUAUGUUGCAAGCAAAUGUUCAGUCUAUACUCACCUUUAUAGAGUUCCAGUUUGAAUUGAGUCAUCAUCUACUAUGAAUAUAAAACGCCGUUUGUGCGCUUUAUAGCUAAAAACUUUUUAUGUAAGGGAAUGUCACAGCUAGGUGGGCGAUAUAUUCGCCGCUUACACAAAAAAGGGAUCUCAAUUUUAUUGUUCUCCUCUUUCUAUGUAAUAUUUCCUACUAAGAAUUAGUACCCUGAUUCUUAUUUUAAAUGUACGGACAACAAAUCGGAACACUUGUUUUUUUUUUUGUUAAUAAAAUCAUAAUUUAAAUAUUAUGUUUCUCUUUUCAUUUAUCUACUUAUGAUCCCAAUUUCUCGUGUUCUCAAUCCCCCGGCAUACGCUAUGACGACAUUGUCAUAAAAUGACCGUUGUAAAUGAUGACUUCAAUCGAAACUGGAGAUAUUGUUUAUAAUAAAUAUGUAUAAUAACUUGGCAUUAUUUUAUUAAUUCUAAAACAAAGUACAUAACAAACAUUUCAGUAUAGAUUCAACUCGGCUUCAGAAUUCGAUUAGUUUGUUGUAUUUGUAAAACAAGAGUAAUCUCAUACAUCAAAUUAAUGUUUUAAACUUCUUGCGAAACUAUUUGUUUAAUUGAAACUUGCAUUCAACCAAACAAUGUCAUUUCUGAAAGAACUUGUCCUCGUAGCCCAAGUUGUGUAAAUAUUUAUUUGUUAAAAUAUAUCAGGAUAUGCCACAA